UAAAACAUCGCGAGAGUCGCUCACCCGCCGCUUUAAACAAUCGAGAGUAGCGACACUUGCCGGAAAAACUUCAUUUACGAGCUCAUCUAUUUAUAUUCGACAAGAACAAUGACAGAAACGAGAAGUGCUCCAGACAAUAAGCCUCUCACAUUCCAUACUCCAAAAGAGAUGUUUGAAAAAAUGGAGGAGUCCUUUAAGAUCUGUGCACAUUGUGAGAGUCUUCCAUCACAGGUCACGGGCACAUUGAAGCGAUGCGCUCGCUGUCUCAAUGUGUAUUACUGCUGUAAAGAGUGUCAGAAGAAGAACUGGUCUCAGCAUAAACUCUACUGUAAUAAACUGCACAUGGCUGCAAUUGACAGACAUGUUGAAUGGCUCAUUUAUAAAGGAGAUCUUCCUUUCUCUACGGAGGUGUGGUCUCGUCCUGCCAAAGACAUUAGAUGUUGGGAUGAUUGGCUCUCUAUGCAGUGCGAUCUGACGUCACGUCUGGAGCCCGUCCUGUCCGGGAAAAACAUGACAGAUCUCUGGACCAACGCCUGCCGAGUACGGCCGGAGGAGGCGGAGCUUCGUGAUUCCAUGUGGCGGGUGUGCAGUGAAUUUUUCUCUCGGCCACUGACUGUGGAUCUGGGGAUUCAAAUGUCCCGUCUGGACCCAUAUUCCCGGCCUCUGACCAUACAUCUAGUUGGCGCCGGUCAUAAUGAGACCCUGGGAGCCCGAACCACAGACAUGGAUGAGCUCAGCCGCAUGUUCCCGGGGCAUCAGGGACUGGAGGUGGUGAUGGUGGGGCCGGAGGUGGUGCAGGGACCCAUCAUGAGACCCCCGCUGAGGGCUUUCGGCCCGCGGGGGAGAGUGUACAUCAGUGCAUACAAGGGUCUUUACCAUCAGUUCUGGGAAGAAGUUAUUGAGAGCGGUGAAGCUGCUAAACCAGAUCUAGUGGUGGGAUUUCAUCCAGGGUUCGAUGGACAGGAGGUGAGUGAGGAUUGGCUGCCGACACUCCUGCUGCUACGAGAUUAUAACAUCCCGACGUUGUUCACCGUGGUCGUUGAUGCAGAGCGUCAGUCAACUCUGCAGAUGUUUUUGGAGUUGGAGAUGCAUGUUAAGGACACGGGCUCGAAUCCCUUCAGCUCUUUAAAACCUGAACAACAGCCCAAGAGUCCCAACAAACCUCUCAGUUAUGCCAACGCUUACUACAUCUCCUUCCACGGCCUGCUGGAGAUCCAAGAAGGAGAAGAACAGAACUAAAACUGAAUGUUUUUACACGAACACGAUCUUGUUAGAAAUACCAUGCUUGUGACUUAAGCAGUUUAUGAGAUUUCUGAGGUUUUUAACAUGCUGUAAUGAAACGUUCAGUGUUAUAGCGUGAUGUGUGAUGUGUGUGUAUGCACAAACAUGCA